AUCGACCCUGUCACGCUCGCUAUCAACGAAUGCAUCACCAUCUCUUCGGCCAUGCGCAAGCUGGCGCGCUGGUCUCAGAGCACCGUCGCGGCCCUCGUGGGUGGCUACAACGAGAUCUUCGGUGACGAAGAGUACGCCAUUACCAAAUUUGGCACCAAGCCCAGCCACACACCCACCGUCGGAAACGAUGACGCGUUGCUCUCCGCAUUCAUGCAGUUGCGUCUGAUGUUGCUCUGCGCGGAUACUUUAGAUGACGUGGACAGCCUCACGCUUCUCCAACCGUUCUUACUCGUGAUCAAGUCUCCGUCCACGUCUGGGAUGAUCACCUCCUUGGCGCUCAACUCCAUCAACAAGUUUCUCACUUACGGCCUCCUCUCGCUCGACUCGAAGAACAUUCACGUCUCCAUCUCGCAGGUCGUAUCGGCGUUGACCCAUUGCCGCUUUGAGGCCGGCGACCAGGCGUCGGACGACGCCGUGUUGUUGAAGGUACUUCGCCUCUUGGAGGCGCUUCUCGUAGGCGGCACCAUUAGCGCUUACCUCACCGACGAGGUUGUCACCGAGGUGAUCCAAACAUGCUUGUCUUUAGCCUGCAACAAGAGACGCAGUGAGGUGUUGCGAAAGGCCGCGGAAAUGGCCAUGGUGGCGAUUCUCAUCCGUAUCUUUGAGCAAUUGGAAUCGAUCGAAGUUCCCAACGCCCACGCUGCCGAAGACGCCAUCACCGACUUUACCAGCACCCAGUUGCCAGAAGACACCAUCGGUGGUGUCGAUGCCGGUAGCAGCCGCAAGUCGGUAGAAAUGACUCGCUUGGAUGAGGACGACCAGCCGUUCGGGUUACCGUGCAUCAAGGACUUUUUGGGGAUUCUUAUAUCCAUGAUUGCGCCGUCCAACCAGUUUCAGCAUAUGGAGCUGACCCGGGUCUUUGCCUUAUCGCUACUCAAUACCGCGUUGGAGGUCUCCAGCAAACAUUUAGCCGUGCACCCGCAGUUGUUAAAUUUGGUGGCCGAUCCGUUGAGUAAGCACUUGCUGCAGAUCAUCCAAUCUCCGAACGAGUCGUUGCCGUUGCUCCGUGCCGCCUUGCAGGUGUUCAACACCUUGUACAUCACCUUGGCUCCGCACUUGAAGCUACAGAUCGAAUUGGUCUUGACAACCAUCUUUAAGAGCCUUGUGCCGGAGGAUGUGGGCUCGCACUCGGGUACCGCCUCCCCAGCGCCCCAGACCCCGCUGGCCUUGCGGUCGCCAAUCGCCAAGGAGAUGCUUGUCGAGUCCGUUUCCUUGCUCUGGACCCGCUCUCCGACCUUUUUUGCCAAUUUGUUUAUCAACUACGACUGUGACUUUGACAGAAACGACUUGUGCACGGAUAUUUUGAAAUACUUGUCGUACUUGGCGUUGCCAGACACCGCCCUCGUCACCACCAACAACGUGCCGCCAAUCUGCUUGGAGGGCCUUGUUUCCGUUGUCUCUAGUAUCUACGAUAAGGUGAUGCAAAAGUCCUUGUCGGAGAAAAAACUGUCCACCAGCCACAAGUUGGUGUUGGACAAGGUCCAGAAGAAGGAGUUUGUGCAGUGUACUAAGACCUUCAACGUCAAGCCAAAACAGGGGUUGGCUCUCUUUGCCCAGAAAGGGUUCGUUAAUUCCACCGAGGACUUGGAUGGGAUCGCCGAGUUAUUGUUUCACAAAGCCGGUAGACUUGACAAGAAAGUUAUGGGCGAGUUCUUGACCAGAAGAGAGAACGCUGAGUUGUUCCAGAAGUUUAUGAGCUUGUUGGACUUUUCUGGUUUGCGUGUCGACGAAGCGUUGCGCAUUUUGUUGAAGACGUUCAGAUUGCCAGGUGAAUCACAGCAGAUCGAAAGGGCGAUGGAGUUUUUCGCCAACCGAUACAUUGCCUGCCAAGAUUGGGCUGAAGUCACUGGAGCUGAAGCCGUUGAAUCAGAAACCACUGGAGCUAUUUCGGAAGCGGUGGAAGCUCCGGAACCGGUAACGCCAGAUUUCGACACUGUGUUCAUCCUCUCCUACUCUAUCAUCAUGUUGAAUACCGAUUUGCACAAUCCCCAGGUCAAACAGCGUAUGCAGUUUUCUGAUUACCAAAAGAACUUGAAAGGUGUGUACAAGGGAGGCAACUUCCCCGAGUGGUACUUGGACAAGAUUUACGUCUCCAUCAGGGACAGGGAGAUUGUAAUGCCAGAAGAGCACAAGGGCGGUAGUACCAAGUGGUUCAACGAUGCCUGGAACAACAUGUUGGCCAGCUACGUUUCCGAGCCUCUUACAACCGCCGAUUUGGACCGCUCAACCUUGGACCAGAUCGACAGGGUCAUUUUCCAGUCUACAUUCGAUGACUUGGUAGCUACAUUCACAAACAUCUUUGAAGAGGCUUUUGACGACCAGAUCGUCACCAAGAUGAUGUCGUCUCUCGACAAGUGCGCGUUUAUUGCCAAUUACUACGGCUUGGACAGCUGCGUUGACAAGAUCACCCGGUUGCUAUGCCACAUGACCACUUUGACUGGCACCAAGCGCUCGGUUGUGGCUGAAAACGACUCGAGAGGUGUGCUUCCGUUGACCAAGGUUACGUUCGAAGAUAAGGUUCUGGAUUCAGUCAUUGUCAGUGAGGUGGCAUACUUGUUUGGUAUGGAUUUCAAGGCCCAGUUGUCCACUAUUGUGCUUUUCCGCAUUUUGAAGAAGAACAAAGCGGUUGCGUCGGGCAGCUGGGACGACGUGCUCAAAAUCAUCUUGCUCCUUUUGGAUAACUGCUUGAUUGACCCCAACAUUUUCCCGGACUUCCAAAAAAACUUGGGCUUGGAGCCUUUGCCAGUCGCCAAGCCGCAGUUUACCAUCACCAAGUCCAAGAGCGGUAAGGAAGCCGAUACCAUGUUGGCCUCAUUAUCUCGGUUCUUGAAGGGCAACAGCGACUUGCCGGAUCCUUCGGAGGAGGAAAUUGAGGCAGCACUGUACACCAACGACUGUAUCAAGUCCUGCCACAUUCCAAGCGUCUUUGCCCAUGCAAACUUAUUCGAGAAAUCUGAAUUGGUUGCGUUCAUUGCCCACAUCUUGAGCGCUAUUCCUGAAUUCAAGGCUGAGUCGUCCAGAUCCUUCACCGUCCAGGUGUUGUUCCUCGUGGAAUUGAGCGUGUGUCUUGUAUUCCUCUCUUUCGAGACGGAAUUUGUCGGUAAAAAUACGGUUGUGUCGGUGCUAAACGAAUUAGAUAGCGUCCUCGCCUUGGCCGAUGCGCCAACCACUCAGCCAAAGACACGUGCCAGGUUACUCACGUAUAAGUUGUUGUUGUUGAGACAUGUCGAUUCCGAGGCGAAGCAGUCCUUAUUGGAAACCACUAAGCUGAUUGCUGAGCUUGACAAACAGGCGAUUAUCAGGUCUGCUCGCCACUUGGUGCGUCCGUUGCAGUCAUUGUCCGAUGAAGGUACUUGGUGCGAGACUACGAUUUUAUCCGAUGCCAACUACUGGUUACUCUUGAGAACGUUUGCCUCAGAUAAGGCGUACACAAAGUCGAUCUACGAAUUUAUCGAGGGUGUGGUGAAGUCAUCACCUCUGCAGAUCACUUCCGAAAACUACGUCUGGCUCUUGUCCUUACUUGACGAAAUCUCCACGGUUGGUUGUUUGGGUGCUCAGUUUGAGCAGAAGGGAGACAAGCUAACUCCUAAACAGCGCAAGCACGAAGUGGAAGACCCCAAGGUGAGAGUGAUGGUGGAUCUUUCGAUCAAGUCCAUUACCUUGACGUCUAGUUUGUUAUCCAUCUUGACUGAUUCCAAGUUUGACCAGAGUAAAGUGUGGUACAUUUUGGCACAGGCCAUUGCCCACCAGUGCUUUAACCCUUGCCGGGAAAUCAGAAACCAUGCGAUUAAAACCUUACAGCUUACAUUGUUAUCUAUGAAGCUUUCUCCGGAAAUUCCUCCAGAGGGCUUGUUUGAAUCGUCGUUAUUGCCAUUACUUCACGAAGUGGUCAAACCCGAAGUUUUGCAGACGGACCCACACGGGAUGGCCAAGACUCAGAUUGCUUUGCUAAGCGUCAUUUCCAAGACAUUCUUACAUUUGCUGGGUGAAUUUGAGCAGGUUGAAAAGGUUUGGCUCCAAUUGCUGGAGGCCGUGGAUACCCUUAACAACCAAACGCAUGUCUCGCAAACCGACUUACUGUCGAUCAAGGAAGCUUCUAGUGAGAUUAUUAAGAACUUGGUCUUGGUUAUGAAGUCCAACGGGGUGCUU